GAGCGGAACCCGGACUGUUUUCGGUGACGGACUACUCCUCUGUUUCCUAACAUGUUUUUUCCGCGCUCUCUCCGCUGUUUUUUAACUUUAAAACCGUAAACUGUCAUCUUUAUAAACUCCAAACAUAUUUAUCUGAAUAUUCUACACCACCCGGUGCUUCCAGACUUGGUCCAGACUCUGAUCCAAGGCUCUGGUUGGACCAUGCUCUCCUCUAUAGCUCUGAUCAGAGUUUUUUGUCCUUCAUUUUCGGCUCGACUUUUCCAAACAACAUGUCCCGUGAUCGUCCGGACUCUGCACUCCUCGAUUUGUCGUCGCCCACAGACGCUGCUCCAGGGCAGAGCUCCUCUUCGUCUCCAGUUCAGAUCCAAAAAGAGCCGCGUGCGUUUGGAAGAAGAGGAGCGGAAAACGCGGAACAGAACGGUGCUGACCUACAUCGCCGCGGCUGGAGUCGGAAUGAUCGGACUCUCCUACGCCGCAGUGCCCCUGUACAGGCUCUACUGUCAGGCCACAGGUCUCGGGGGUACGGCGGUGGCGGGACACGACUCUUCGGUGGUGGAACACAUGAGUCCUGUUAAAGAGCGCGUCCUCAAAGUGACGUUUAACGCAGACACUCACGCCAGCAUCCAGUGGAACUUCAGACCGCAGCAGAGCGAGAUCUAUGUGGUUCCCGGGGAAACAGCUCUGGCGUUUUACAAAGCCAAAAACCCUACAGACAAACCCAUCAUCGGCAUCUCCACCUACAACGUGGUGCCCUUUGAGGCUGGACAAUACUUCAAUAAGAUACAGUGUUUCUGUUUCGAGGAGCAGCGUCUGAAUCCUCAUGAGGAGGUGGACAUGCCGGUCUUCUUCUACAUUGACCCCGAGUUCGACUCUGACCCCAGAAUGGCCCGAGUCAACACCAUCACUCUGUCUUAUACUUUCUUUGAAGCAAAAGAGGGACAGAGGCUCCCCCUGCCCGGGUACAGCUACCAACCCCAAUAACAGUACCCAAAUAAUGUCUAAUACCAGAGCUGCCACUGAAGAACCAGGACACAGAAUGGACUGAGAUUUGCCCUGGACUUUCUUGGUCCUUAAAUCAAAGUGGAUAAGUUAUUAUUGUACGUAUGUAAAUGACAAAAAAAACUGGACUGGAUUCAGGAGUGAUUGUGUGAAACCCUGUGUACAAAUAAAACCAAAUAAAACCAUUGUGAAUAUUGUUCAAAAUGAAACUCCUCCAAAAUAAAUAUUUAUGAU